AUGGCGGCCAACAGUAGCAUAGCCGUGACAUGUGAUCGAUACACCGAAUUGACCCCCGGUCCGGUGUCUGGACUGCGAACAUUCCGAGGUGCACGGCCAGAAGUUCAAUAUGAACCAAUGGGAGGCGGCCAGUUCACCAGCAAAGAGGAACGUCAUCAGCUGCAUCGCUUUCAAAGGCCCACUCUUGUCCUGGGGAAAGCUGGGGAAGCCGCUCUCUGGACUCCUGGAGCACAGACCACCUCCCCCAGGUUCCCCAUUGUCCAGGCAGAGUUGUCCAAGGUAGCCCUGACCUACCAGGGAGUCCAUCUUAACAAGAUCGCUUUAGUAUCAGAUCUGGAGUGUUUCAGUGUUACUUUGGCGAAGACAGGGCAACCCUCGCAAGAGCCAAAGAACUCGAGAUCGAAGCUCGAGAGAAGAGGUGGAGGAGCUUCCAACCCCACGGUUAUAGGACAUCACCGUCGGUUCCAAGGACUUGGGUUUUGGCCUCUUUUUCUGGCCUGGCUUGCUUGCCGUCACUGCUUGCUUGGGUCGGGAGCACGCAGCUUGCUUGGGUACGAGCGUCCUAUCUGCAGACCAUAUGGCCCUGCGUCUUGUCUUGUGCUCACGUUGUUGCGGCUCUUAUUUGAAAUGCUGGACGGGGGCGAUAUCAAUUCCCGCAGACGGAUCUCACAAGAGCUUAUAGUCUCAACCCGCGUUCUCCGCGUCAGGUACGAAGGUCAGGACCACGGAACGAGUGGCGAGCAAGAAGACAGACCUCAAAGCAAGCGCUUUGGAUAA